AUGGGUGCCGUCGUCUCUUGCAUCCAAAGCGUCUUUCGCGCCAUCGGUAGCUGCCUCAUGGCCAUCGUCAAUGCCAUUGGUUCCAUCUGCCACGCCAUCAUCAGCGGCGUGGUUACAGUGAUCGAUGUUAUCAUCUCCUGCCUGACCUGCGGCUACUGUGGAAAACGCAAACGGGGUCGUCGAUCAGCAGUCUAA